UCUUUUCUUCCCUCUUUCCUCCAUAAGUUAGUCUUCUUCUUCUUUUUCUCCAAUUCUCAAAUCCUUAAUAAUUUUCACUCAAGAUGUAUCAAUCUUCAUCAUCUUCUUCAUCUUCUCAAAGUUCAAUGCGCCCUACCGGUCUAAUCCGCUACGAUUCCGCUCCUAGUUCAUUCCUCUCCAACGCAGUCGAUUCCGUCAUCGGCCAUCCGCCUGGAUCUCAACCUCAUCCUAAAUUAAGAGUCGGAAUCGGCGACGGAAACGCACAGACGAUGCCGCCGUACUUCCUUUCAAACUCCGGCUUCAAUUUGAGGACCGACGCCGCCGGAGGACCGCCGUCCUUGAUUCGGCAUAGUAGUUCUCCGGCGGGAUUUCUGAAUCAACUUGCAGCUUCAGUUUCAACUGCUCCUUCAUGUUCAACGGCGAACAACGGGUUUCCAGUAACAAGAGGAAUGAACAGUUUCAAUUCGAGUAACGAACGAGGAGGAGGAAUAACGAGACUAAACUCUCAACUGAGCUUCACAAGACAAGAUGCACUUUCUCUCAUAUCCGAGGAAGAGGAACACCGAAACAACAACGAUAGAAAAUCUAAUUAUAGCACAUCCACUUUUGGAGCUGCAGCAGGAGGCUCCUCCAACUGGGAUGUUGAUUCCAAUACUAAUAUUGCAUUUUCUUCUCCAAAUAAACGAUCAAAGACCAUUAAUGCCAGCCUCGACUCCAUGGAAACACAACUUCAGUUUGGCCUUACUCAUGAUGAUCAUCAUCAGGGAGCUCUGGAAAUGAAUUCAAUGGAGAUGAAGUUAUUACACAAUAUCCCUCAAGAUUCAGUUCCUUGCAAACUUCGUGCCAAACGAGGUUUCGCCACUCAUCCUAGGAGUAUCGCGGAAAGAGAAAGGAGAACUCGAAUUAGUGGGAAACUGAAGAAACUUCAAGAACUUGUUCCUAACAUGGAUAAGCAAACAAGCUACGCAGACAUGUUGGACUUGGCAGUGCAACAAAUCAAAGGCCUUCAAACCCAAGUUCAGAAACUCGAAAAUGAUAUGGAGAAUUGCACUUGUGGAUGCAAGCCAACCGCGGGCACAUCAUGAUCAUGGUGCAUGGAUUAUUGGAAGGAUCGAUAUUCCUAAACAAACAAAAGUUGUCAUCUCCAAAUAGAUGAGAUCGAUCUUAAUAAUAUUGCACACAUAUAUAUAGAGGAGACUAAUUAAGAACCGCAUGUAAAUGGUAACUUUCCCAUUUCACUAUUCUUCUCGUUAAUUUAUUAAUUAUGACCCUUUUAAUGGCGUUUUUUCCCUUUUCGCCCAAUGUGUUCAGAAUAAUUAUAAGUUUAUUCUCUUUAAUCAAUUAAACUAAAUGAGCACAAUUUUUACAUGUUUAA